AUGACGGAACCUCAUCGAACUAAUGAGUUUUUUGCAACGCAAUUGCCAGCAAGCAUCAUUGAUUCUUUAGAAUGUAAAGACGAAUUAAACCCUGAUGACUUCGAAAUCAUCGAGCAACAAAACGGAUAUUUUAAUAUUCAAGAAGAAGCAAAGAACAGGAUAAAACUUCUGCGAAAAUUGCAGAUUUAUGUUGGAAAGAUUGCAACAGGAAUGGAGUUAGAUGGAUCAAUCGACCAUGAAAAAUAUUUAUAUACAAUGCUUGUCGAAAAUUGGAAACAAAAUAACAAAGAUAAACAACUUGACAACUACGAAGAAAUUGCAAAUGAAUUGGAUGAUUUGCUCAAAAAUGAAAAUUAUGAGAAUAUUAAACAGAUGCUUUCAUUCUAA